GUAGUGUCAGUGAUCUUUCAACACUUCCGACUAUCACUCCAGCUGCGGCCACAGCCAAGACACCUGAAGAAUUAGAUCCUUUCGACACAUCUGCAGUAUCGUCUCUAGUUGCACCUAAAGAAGUUGAACUCAAAUUCUUAGAGAAGGAACUCUUGGCCGACAAUACCCCAGCUGUUGUUCCUGUUGCAACACUCAAGCACUCCCUCAGUGAUCCGGACUUUGAUCCACGAGGUCUUGGCGAGGAAGCCGAGGAGAAUCCUCAAGAAGGAACUCCAGUUAAGCCAUCUUUUGAGACAAGACCUUCUAUCGAUAUCCAGAGUCGAAAGUCCUCAUUGUGUCUCAAUAUCCAAGGAGUUGCUUCAAAAGCGGUAUCUUUUGCAGUUCCAUCCCCAGAUUUACUUGCUGUUGGUGAGAAUGGUGGUAAAAUCCAGAAACCACUAACUCCCUACUACAAUAAGGAAGUUGUUGUACCACCUACUGAAGACGUAGAUCCAUUUGAUACGUCUUUUGUGUCUGAAAUCAAGCCAACUGAAGUUGAGCUUAGUCUCUUAGAGAGUGAUCUUCUUAAGCAAUCCCAACAGGUUUUAGACGAAGACGACGACUUUGAUCCACGUGCUGAGACACCUGUAGUAUUUGCAGCUCCAGUUGUACAACCAGUAAAGACUCCAGACCUUUUAGCAGUUGGUGAGGAACUCAAUAUUAAAGUCUUGACUCCAGCUAUUGAAAUAGCAAACGCUGCAACAGAAGUACCUAUAUUUGACGAUCCUUUUGAUACAUCGGCAGUUGAUAGCAAUAUCCUACCCGGGAAGGCUGAGCUAAAGCUUAUUGAAAACGAACUCUUGCCUAACUUGGCAAAGACACCUGAACCAGUACUUGAUAUUCUCUCAUAUUCCCAAGACGAUUCACUUCCAGUAAAGGCUCUAACUCCUCUGGGUGCUGUGGCAAAUUCAGUUGAGGAAGUUGAAAUUGAUCCUUUUGAUACGUCGAUUGCGGAAAACUUGGGACCAGGAAAGACUGAAAUCAAACUCAUUGAAUCCGAAUUAAUUGGACAGAAGCAGUAGACACAGAUCACUAAUCAUGGCGAAUCCCUUCCUGAUGACUGACGAUGAUGUGGUGAGUCCAUCUUCAGCGGCAUAUUCCAAUCCAUUUUUGAUGACAGAUGGUCCUGAAGAUGAUAUGGAUUAUGCGGCUGAAAAUCCAUUUUUUGGACAAGUACCAGUAGGUGCUACUAAUCCUUUUGCCGAAUUUGAGGAAGCUGCUGCUCAGGAUCAGCCUCUGGGUACAAUUCCUAAUAACAUUGAUAUGUAUUCAGCUGCUCAAGUAGGGGUUGUCACAACAGGAAUGCAGCUUUUUAUGGGAGCCGAUGCCAGUGCAUCAGUGACUACAACAGCAGCCAAUACGUUCCAGCCCGUGCCAUCUGGGGUAAACAUUUUCGAUGAGGAUCCACAGAAACCUAUGGACUUGGAUAUCAAACCAGCAGCAUUAAGCAAUGUUUUCGAUGACUCUGGCUAUGCAUACUCGAGUGAAGAGGAGUUGAGUAAGAUUAAAAAGAAGCAGCCUCCAGGAAGACCAGCAGUAGGACCAGCCAAAGCCACUCAAGACUUGAUUCUUUCAGUGGCUGAUCAGUUAGACAUGGCCAGUUCCCAUUUGCUAGGGCGGAUACCAGCUACAAGGACUCCAAGUCCAGUAUCUAUGAGGGACCUGCACUCUCCUAGCCCAACACCAGAUGCUGUUGGAGACUUGUUGGAUGUUUCUGAUGGGGAUUUAAUGGCUGAACCGAUGAAUGAUAAUCCUUUCAGUGAACCACAAACAAUUUCAGACCAACCACCUAAGACUGUGGAUGCUAUCAAGAGUACACCAAGUCGACCCCCACCACCACGCCCAGCAGUUCCUCCGCCAAAGCCAGCACCUCCUGCAAUACCCCAAGCUCCACCAUCACGUCCUCCAGCACCCGUCCAGCCAGUUCCAGCUCAGGCAGAACCUGACUUCAUGGAUAUUUUCGGAUCAGACCAGCCCACUGCUCCUAAACCUGCAGCUCCCAAAACUAAAGAGGACAUCCUCAGUUUGUUCUCCAGUCCAGCUCCCCAGACAACGAAUACCCAACCAGAUUUACUUAGUGGAGACAUUCCUGAAUUGGAUUCUGGCAUUGGUUUGGGAAUGCCAGUGUUUGGUGCUGAUCUUACAUCCCAAGCAGUUCCAGCUGCAACCGCUAUCCCUGCUCCGAUUGCUCUGAAGACAGAGGAAGCUGUUAUUGUGCACACUCCAGCUAUGUUAACGCCCCCGGAUGAACAGGUUCGAUUCCAAGAGGCAGAUUUGAAAAUUGAGGACGCAAAGUCGGACAUCUCGUCUGAACAUAGUGGGUCAAAUGCUACCAUAACUGCGCUCCCAUCUUCAGUAACUGGGAGUAUUGGAAAUAUUGCAACACCAGCAGAGCUGGCAGAUCCACAAGAAGAGGUCCUACCGCCACCGCCUCAGGAAUCUGAGUACCCAACAUCCUCUUCGGCUAAUCCUUUCGCUAGUCCAACUGAUGAAGAACGAGCCAAUGAGCCACUUUAUGAAGUUAUGGAGACAAUUGUUGCUCCAAAGUUCGUUCCACGACCUCCACCUCCCAGACCAGCUCCACCACCUAUUCCACCUCAACCCAAAGUGGCUCCAGCACCAGCUGCAGUACCUGCUACAGCUCCUGCUCCAAUUCCAACUCCGGCCCCUGCCCCAAUUCCGGCAUCUGUUCCAGCUCCAGUGAUACCCCCAGCUCCUGUGGCAGCCCCUAUCGUUCCCGUUGCUGUUCCUGUUGUUCCAGUGUCUGCACCGGUGGUUCCGGUGACAGCUCCUCUGCCCCCAACAGAGAUUUUUGGUAUCGCAGAAAAUGCACCUCCGCCCAAGAUUGCAGAUGAAUUUGAUGCAUUUGCGGCAAAGUUUGAUUCAGCAGAUGCCAAAACGUCCAAUGCAUUUGGGGAUGAUCCGAUUAAGAGCGUACUCAAUGGCUUUGGCCCAAUGACAACUAAUGAUGAUGCUUGGGGAGGAAGUACACCGGCUUUUGGGGAUGACAGUGCGGCAGCUGAUGGGUUUGGUGCUGAAGAGGAAAGUUUUGAUUGGAAUCCCCCAGCUGAGUCUCGCACUUACGAUAGAGGUGAUUCACAUGAUUCUGAUGAUGCUCAAAAAGACUUCAGUGUGGUGAUAAAGCCAAGGGAGGGAGAUGUUACUCCCAGCUUCAUGGCUGCUGCUCUGGCUCCUCCACCCAAGAGCUCAGCCAAUUCAACUUAUUCAGGAGAUUCUUCUCCAAGGGUUAAUCCCUUCGAUAAGGGCUUCGAGGAGCCCAUGACUAUGGACAUCACUCCAGAUACCAAACCGACAUUUGAGCGAACGGAUUCUCAAGAGUCCCCACCAACUCCGCUUUUUGACGAAGAUGUUUCACAGCCUCUCGAAGACUUCCCCAGGAUUAUGGUGAAUGGUGCUAAAGGGUGGGAAAUGCAGCUGCGACAGCCCAAUAAAAAGAAAAUCACUGGUCAGAGAUUCUGGAAAAAGAUAUUUCUGCGGUUAGUCUUUCAAGGCGACAAUCCUGUGAUGCAACUUUUCAACUCAGUCACUGAUAAGGAGCCAUUCCAAGAAUUGCCGCUACAAGCGUGCUAUUCUGUGUCAGAGAUAGGGGCUCAACAGUAUGAUCAGUUUGGGAAAAUCUUCACUGUCAAGCUUCAGUAUAUCUUCUACAAGGAGCGACCCGGUGUGAGACCUGGGCAGGUCACUAAAGCCGAACGUUUGACGAACAAAUUGAGCCAAUUUGCAGCUUAUGCAAUUCAAGGAGACUAUCAAGGAGUUAAGGAAUUUGGAAGUGAUUUGAAAAAGUUAGGUCUACCAGUUGAGCAUGCUCCUCAAGUUUCGCAGCUCUUUAAGAUCGGUUCCAUGAGUUAUGAGGAUAUGAAACAAUUUUCUGUGGUUGUAGAAGAGGCUCUCUUUAAGUUGCAUGCUCACCGAGACAGAGCUCUAAACUACAAAUCCGAGGAAGUACAGAUUACAGCUGUGGAUGAAUUGUAUGCUGAGCAAGAUGCUGAGGGUCAUAUCUUGAAGCAGAUAGCCAGAGUUCGUCUGUUCUUCCUGGGUUUUCUGUCCGGUAUGCCGAGCAUUGAGUUGGGUGUAAAUGAUUUGUGGCGUCAGGGUAAAGAGGUCGUUGGACGACAUGAUAUCAUCCCAGUGGUUACGGAGGAGUGGAUACGCCUCGAGGGUGUUGAAUUUCACAGUUGCGUGCAGCAAGAUGAGUACGAAAGGACUCGGACUAUCAAAUUUCAGCCUCCUGACGCGUGCUACAUUGAACUAAUGAGAUUUAGGGUGCGUCCGCCGAGAAACAGGGAAUUGCCGCUUCAAGUCAAGGCCACUUGGUGUGUCACAGGGAAUCGUGUAGAGUUGAGGGUAGAUGUUCUGGUUCCUGGAUUUGCAUCUCGCAAACUCGGUCAGAUUCCAUGUGAGGAUGUCGCCAUAAGGUUUCCCAUUCCAGAAUGCUGGAUUUAUUUGUUCCGGGUUGAGAAGCACUUUCGCUAUGGUUCGGUAAAAUCAGCUCAUCGUCGAACGGGCAAGAUUAAGGGAAUUGAGAGGAUUCUGGGUACAGUGGAUCAGCUGCAGGAGUCACUAAUUGAGGUGACAUCUGGACAGGCCAAAUAUGAACAUCAUCAUAGGUCUAUCGUUUGGCGAUGCCCACGGCUUCCCAAGGAGGGUCAAGGGGCUUACACAACUCAUCAGAUGGUUUGCAGAAUGGCUCUAACGAGCUAUGAUCAGAUUCCUGAACAAUUGGCUCCAUAUUGCUAUGUGGAGUUUACUAUGCCUGCUACUCAGGUAUCCCAUACAACGGUCCGGUCCGUCAGUGUCCAGGAAUCUGAUAGCGAUGAGCCUCCGGAAAAAUAUGUUCGAUAUCUGGCCCGGCAUGAAUACAGAGUUGGAAUCGAACAUACUCAGGGUGAGAAUCCGAAUGCAUACUUGGCAGCCACGGCCGUUAGCAAACCCAUCAAGGAGGAACCACCGGCACCAGCUCUCUCCCCAAUGGCUCCCAGUGAUUCUGACUCUGACUCCAACUAAGAACGUUUUUUUUUGGCACUUCUCGUUUGCGAAUACACCAAAAGAAAUCAAUACAUAUGAGUUUAAAAUUUAUUUCCUGCAAUAAUUAAUUUAAUGCAAAUGGCAUGAAGUGAAAAAAAAAUCAUUUAGUAAUAAAAUAUUGUUGUCAAAUAGCUUCAAAGAACAAAAAGAAAAUAAAAAGAGAAAUAUUAUAAGUUAGUUGUUAUAGAAUAUUUAGCAAUUGUAUUUAAAAAACAACAAUAUACCGUAUUAUUCUGCUUGACAGUGUAGCAAAAGAUUAAAACUAUAUAUUGACGAAAUGUUGAGAAAUGUGAGAAGGAAAUUAUAAUAUUAUAGUUUCUAUAAAUUCUAAGCUUAUUAGACAAAAGAAAUUGAUCACGUCUAUAUCAUCAGAAAAAGUAAUAAAUAAAUUGAAGAGCAUAUUAUUAGUUGACAAUAACAGAGUAUUAAAAAAAGUGAAUAAAUUAGAGAGUACGUUUUAGUCAAGCAGAAGAUUAAUAAAAAAAUUGUUGCAUGUUAUUUAUAACCUAUCCCCUUAAAUGAUCUUAUAUUAGUAUGAGGAAGGAAUCUUGACAAUGUGCAUAAAAAAUGUUGAGACGACAAGAGGUAGAUGCCCAAAAUGUUCGUGAAAAGUGUUACCAAUAAAUAUAAAAUAUUUAAUAUAUAUCUAGAGAUACCAUAGAAAAAAGUAUUAAAUAAAAAAAAACUAUACAUACAAGACAUUGAUGCGCACUAAAAGCAUUUUUUUCUGACGGAAGAACGCUCUGUAUACAAAAUAUUUGAUGAAAUAAAAGAAAAAUAUUCUAUUGUAAUGUGAAUGAUAAAUACUGUGAGAAAAGUAUGAAACGUCUAUUUAAAAUUUCCUUUUUGUUCCUCUCUUAAAAAAAAUAAAAGUUGAAUAAAUAAAUGAAAAUAUCAAAAGAGAUAAAAAUAAGUUGUACGAUCCUGCUGCAGAAGAAGGAUUUAAAAGGAAAAGGGAAAUAUGAAAAUUUUUGAGAAUGAUAUUAUACGUAUAAAAUUAACUAAAUGUAUAAUAAAACAGAAUAAAAAAAAUGAUAUUAUAUUGCAAAUAUAAAUAUACAAAGGAAUUAGAAAAAAAAUCAGCAUAAUGUAAUGGAUAAAAAAUAAAAAAAGUAAUUGCGA